AGACAUCAGGAAUAGAGAUGAAUUCCGCACUGCAAAUAGGCUGCCUUCUGGUCGUUCUUGGAUGCCUCCUGGGAACAGGAUAUUCCCAGAGUGAUGCUGAGUUCCAGGCUAAGGCUCGUCAGAUGAUGGCAGUAUUUGGCAAUCCCUCAAUCGAUACAAAUACCAAGUCCCGAUAUGUGCCUGCAUUUGUAGAUUUCUAUGAGAAAUACUCCAAUCGGCUUCAACUGACUGCUCAGGAACGACAAAAGGCCGAUAAUUUUGUGAGGAGCUAUAGGGCUCAAUCAUCCCAGAAGAUCGAUGGUGUUUCGGCCCAAGGAGGAUUUCCCUGGAAGACUUUUUAUUACCGGUGCUGCUAAAGUCCUGGAAGCCAUCGGCAAGGCUAUUGAUUCCAAAACAACGACUACCAAUCCACCAUCAAAAUUUAGAUUGGGUUAAUAAAACACAAAUAAAUUCAUGGAACAUUUAAAAACUCAAGUUUGUUCUUUGACUUGUACAUACAAGAAAAUCGUAAGAAAUCAUAUACGAGUAAGCGUUCUAUAGUAUUUUUAAGGAAGGGUUAAGGUUAAGGGUCGUGUAAUCAUUGCAGUGUUUGGCAGCCAAUCAGUCGAUACAGCCACCAGGGCCCGAAAUGUGCCUCCAUUCGUAGGUUUAUAUGAUAGAUUCUCCCAACUAGUUAAUCUUCAAAAGGAGGGACGAGAUCCCAUAGGGGAAAAUUAUCCCAAAAAGUCGAUGGUGUUUGCCCGUUUGGGCCAUCAUUGUUGAUGAGGCUGUAAAAGCCGUUGAUAGGGCCAUCGCCCGACAUAUUAUUGUAUAUUAAAGCUUGUUAACUCGAACACCAAUUGUAAAAUUUAAAAUCAAAACCAAAUAAUUUAGCAAAAAGCUUUUCAAAGUGGCCAAUAAA